AUGGCUGGCUCGCACGCUUCGGAAGCUUACUUGGCAAGAUUACAUGCUUCGGCUUUUGGCAAAGCAGUUGGCAGCGCACAGAUGAUACCAAAGUUUUUCAAGCAUUUCCCUGAGCUUUCUGAGCAAGCCUUAGACCAGCAUAUCUCUUUGUGCGAGGAUGAGGAGCUUGGGGUCCUCGUACAAGCUAUUCGCGGGCUUCCUCUAUUCUGCAAGGAUACACCUGAACAUCUGGUGAAAAUUGUUGACAUUCUUGGUCAACUCCUAAUUGCUGGAGAUAUUGUGGAGCGUGAUGCAGUGCAUAAAGCCCUUACGACUUUGUUGCGGCAGGAUGUCAAGAGUAAGUUCUGA